UGAAAGUGAAUUUCUGGAUUGUGCAGCUCGACCUAACAGAGCUGGUGUCGUCUCGUCUCACACUCACACCCUCUGAUCGACCAACGAGGACAGAGCUGCUGUGGCGAACACUGGCUGUGGACUGAGGAGUAUAAAUACUGCACGUGGAGUAUACAUGCUGUGGAGUAUACAUGCUGUGGAGUAUACAUACUGGAGUACAUUCGGUUUGAGGAGUACAUUCCGUGGUUUCCAUCCAGCUGUGUCCAGAAUGACCUCAUGGAGAAGCGUGGCCCUCCUGUUUCUUAUUGUGUCAUUCACAAGCCUGUCGAGGCAAAACUGCGCCAACUACUUCGACAUGAGCGAAUGGACCGGAAAGAAUCUCACUUUCACUUUCCAGCUGGCGAACACCACGAACCGUAAAGACUUAAUUAAAUGCACGAUGAAGGACGCGUGUGAAAAGACCAAGUGGGACUCUCUGUGUGCAAUACAGAAGAGCUGCUUCAAUGGAGCUGCAGAUGAAAACAGCUGGACAUGCCGAGGCAGCACCUCUCAGAAUAUCUCCUUCUAUCACCUCAUGUGUCUGGCGGCCAUUUCACUGAACGAGAAUAUCGUCCCCGAAGGCUGUAAAUACGAAAACGUGUGCGGCCUCUGUCAGCAAAUAUCUUCUGAUCGAAUUCCAACAACAGCACCAAUCACAGUGUUGCCCACAACACUUAACACAACAGCGGCGCGGCCACCGCCGACACCAGGAACCACCACAGUCACAGGAGGAAAGGAAAAGAGAACUGCAGACGCAGAGGAGGCCGGGACCUGGAGAUGGUUAAUAAUUUCCGGAAUCUUAAACAUCGUGCUGCUGCUGCUGCUGGUGGUGGUGGUCCUUUUCCUCUUCCUGCGGUCGAGGACACAGGACAGAAUACAGGACGCACCUCAUCAGCAUCAAAGCCACUGGUUUCCUCAGGAAGACUCCUCUGUGUUGGAUGAAACAACCAGGACUCAAGAUACUCAUCUGAUGACACCGAUAAAAAUGCAGCCUGACUGUCCCCUCCUCAGCUCAACCCCAGCUGAUUCAUCCGGGAAUGGACACACGUCUGGAAACAGGUCACAGUGAGCACACAACUUUGUAUCUUGUCGUUGUAAAAGAGCUGCGGGAUGUGACACAGGACGGAUCAGCUCCACGCAGGAUGGAGGACUGAGUGACUGUGGUUUUUACAACUGCCUUUCAUGGAGGGGAAACUCUGAGCCUCAAAUGUCAAGGGUGAUCGAGGGUGAAAAGGCUGCGGCGUGUCGGUUUACUAAAACUGCACAGCAACACAUGCUACUGCGAAACGAAGUGACGACCUGUAUUAUAAACACCAUGAAAACAUUUUAACACAACCAAACUCACCACGUGUCAGUGUCAGCUGCAGUAACGCUGGCAGACAGAUGUUUACAGCUGUUUGUUAGCGCCAACCAUGGCAAAAGCAGCGCAUUUAAUAUAAUAUGAUGUGAUAUUCAACUACUGCUGGCACUAGUAUCCACUGUCUAACCAGACUUACCGAUUCCUCUGUAAGUCACAGUGUGGAGAGAGUUUAUCAAUCUGCACCGGACAGCACGGGAGUCAGCGCUCUCACUGUCGGGACGGUGGUCGUUGUGUCUGUCCUGCACGUCCUGUACUGUCCAGGUUUAUAAGGAAAGAUUUGCAUGUAGACUGAACCACUGGUUGUAGUUUUUUGAAUGCAUGCACUGGUUUUUAACAAGCUAUGCUAAGCUAGGUCAAGUGUAAAUGUAUGACACGGCAUUAGACUUUCCGAGUUGUGGCUGGUCCUCACCACCUUCAGUGUCUGAACCCUGGACCACAUCCGUCUGUCUUCUGGGAACCCAUUCUGUCAGGUGUUAGCCGCUAGUUAGCCGUCUAGAGGUCUCUUGUCUAUGUAACCAGGAAACACUCAAACUAUUCCUGGUCUGUUUGAAUUAUUUAACUACCGUGAUGCUUGUGUGUUUUGUAAAACUGUGAAAAAAAUCCAUGCAUUGUAUACAUAUAUGGAAUUUAAUGUAUUGUGCAUUAAAAAGUUG